UGUCGAUUUCAUGCAUUCGGCGUAGAUCAUACAUCGUAACCAGCGCGGCAAACUCGUGUUUAAAUUUUAACCGUCAGUUCCGCUUUCAUUUUUUACCCGUUUUCUUUUCAUACCCUUUGGGAAGGAAAUACAUAUCAACGGGCCACACUGCAUCAGAAAACACACAGCCCAGGGCACAGCUCGGAGACAAUUUCAGCCGCUUUGACAAAUCAAGACCAUCUAUAAGUGGACAUAAGUUCAAAAUGGAACAUGAAGCAGAGACAUACCAGCAGCGACUGCAGGCUAUAGCGGAGAAAAGGCAGAAACAGGAGGAACAAGAGCGAAUCAGGAGAGAGAAAGAGGAAGAAAGACUGAGACUUCAGCAGCUUAAGAGGAAGUCCCUUAGAGACCAAUGGCUGAUGGAAGGACCCCCCACUUCUCCUGACAGUACGGGGCCCCGAUCGCCUCUCUGGGGCCCCAAAGCUCAAGAGAUAGAGAAACACAUUGAAAAAUUACAGGCAACAUCCGAGUGGUUGGCAGAGGAGGAGGUCAAACUGAACAAACAUAUAGAAGAUGGUCCUGCUCAAACUGGUGCAGAUGCUGCAACGCACAAUAAGGUAGAGACUGCAGUGGUGCCAGUUGAAACAGUUGCUGAGACUGCUCCUAAUGGACCUAUAAUGAAGAACGGAAAAGAUGAAAAGAAAGAUGACCCUGUGCAUACUGAGAACCACAAUUCAGAUGAAGCAGGACCGGUUGUUGAUGUUAAGGUGAAAGCAGCCACCACAACACCUUCCGCUGUUGUUAACGGAAGUAUGGAAGGAGAAUAUUCUCAUAAUACACCAGAACAGGAUGAAGAACCACAUACAAACAGCUUGGCCAUCCACUCUCUUGAAGGUUAUGAUGCAGGUGGCAUAACUAUGACCUUCCUUGGCUUCAAAGAGGCGGAGCCUGGCCAGGGAGUAAGUGAAGAUGAUGAUGUUGGAGCAAUUAUCCGAGCAGAAAGAGUGAUUAUUACAGACGAAGGGGAGGAAAUUGCAGAAGACGACACCAGCAUGACAGAAGAGUCUGCUAUGCCCGUUGCGAAUGAAGACACACUGAGAAGCACAGAAGAAAUGGGUGAUGUGGAAGAGACCGAGAACCACCCCGAAGCUUCUGCUGAUAUAGAGCUGGCUGGAUCAAGUGAAGUUUCCCUAAAUUUAGAAAGUCCUGCUGAGAAGGUGGUUACAAAUUUGACAGUUGGAGAAGAUCAAAUGGACCCAGAGCUACCUGAGACGCAGCUCCAGAAUGAGACAUUAGAUGGUGCUAUUGAGGUUUCCCAAGUUCCAGUGUAUUCCACAACACAGCCGUCACCCACAACCAGACCCAAAGCAGAGGGUGAGGCAGUAGAAUCGCAACCCCCAAAAGAAGAGGAGGCUGUAGUGGCCAUACACAUUUCCCUAAGCCAAUUUCAAGAGGUUCCCCUUGAUGGUGUUGGAGAAACAGCAGAGCCUAGCACCAAGGCAGGAACUGGGAGACCAACUGCAGAACAAGAGCCUCUGCUGGUCUCCAAAGCAUCUGCCCAGCUUGAUACCAGCAGCCCAAAUCAGCCAGAAGACGCAGGUGUACCAAAACAAAAAACAUGCCAAUGCUGUUCAAUCAUAUGAACUUGU